AUGGCUGCCGGACAGGAGUUCAUCCCGUUCAUGCUGGAGAUGUUCAAGAACCCACCGGAUCGCAAUGCACCCUUACCGCUGGGAAAUCGACCCUCCACAGUUUACGGGGUCACGAUGCCGUUCCACGUUCUAAGUCUACUUGCUGUGAUCUUCCGACUCCACAUACGCUUUCGAGUCGUCCGCGAGCCUGGUCUUGACGACUUAUGGAUUGUUGUUGCUGCUAUAAUGAAACUCGUCGGCCUGGCUGCUUUCUUUGGAGGUCUUGAUGAAGGCAUCGGAAAACACAUCAUCUUCCAUCUCGAUAUUCUCCAGAAGACUAUGAUCUGGUUCUAUAUUGCGAACUCCGCAUAUGUCACGGCGGCGGUGUGUGUUAAGCUUUCUCUGUUGAGCCAGUAUCUACGAAUCUUUCGAGAUGGCUAUCGCCGGCGAAUUUCACUGGUAUUGAUGAUAUUGGUCUCCGUAUGGGGCGCCGUUUUUAUCUUCAUGGCGUGGUUCCCUUGCUUUCCGGUUUCGGGAUACUGGGACAAAAGCAUGUCGCCGCCAGCAAAAUGCUAUGGCUUUGGCUACAGGACAUUGCCAGAGGCGAAGAACACCUUGUUCGCCUUCUCUGGAUCAAAUAUGAUCUUUGACGUGGCAGUCUUCCUCGUGCCACUGACGGAAUACUUCAGGCCUGGUUUGAAAAGAAAGCAGAUUUUAGCCAUGACAGGCCUCUUCGCCUUUGGUUCAAUUGUUCUCUUGUUUGCGAUCCUUCGUCUAUGGAGUGGCCUCAAGUACAACAACACUCUCGUGAUGUACGACUUCACAUGGUGGAUAUCAGAAGUCCUCAUCUUUUCGUGCCUAGAGAUCGACUUUGCAAUCAUGUGUGCCUCGAUGCCCAUCUUCUGGCCCAGUGUCAAAGCCGCAUGGACCAGGAUAUAUGUCACGCAGGAAGUGACUGUCGUCCACGACCGACGCUCACACUUCAUCGAUCCCAGAACGGUACAGAUGGAGCUGAGCCAACGAAAGAGUCAUGAAAGCACAUGCAGCUUAACGAAGACUACAAUGCAGGAAGCGUCGGACGAAGGGCCGUUCUAUACAAGCUUUGACCCGGAGACUGGGCGAGGUCCGGGAUCCGGGAUCGCGCAGGUCGAGGUGCAGCCAAGUGAACAACCUGUUCGCUGGUUAUAG